AUCCAUUAUUCAAUUGAGUCGGGUACAAGAAAGAAAGCUUCCAACACAACUUGUCAUCUUCAAUUCGUCCACGAAUCCAUAUCGUUUGCUUCCAGAACCAUCGACGAGUUUGGCAAUCUCAUUUUCUUCUGUAGAUGACAAAGUUGUAGGCUAUGGCAUCGUCGUCGUCGAGUUCUCUGAUUCGUCGAAUUGUUCCCUUUUUCACCACUCGGAUUCGCCAAAAUUACCGCCUUUUGAAUUCUUCUGCUUCUUCUGCUCUAUCUCAACCCCAAUCCCAAUCCCAAGUCGAAGCUCCCGAUUCCGUUUUAAUGACCGAGAGCUGCGUUCGUAGGAUGAAAGAGUUGCAGGCUGGUGAACACCAAGAGAAGAUGCUUCGUUUGAGUGUUGAAGCUGGUGGUUGUUCGGGGUUUCAAUAUGAAUUCUCUCUAGAUGAUAAGACCAAUUCUGAUGACAGAAUUUUUGAGCGUGACGGAGUUAAAUUGGUCGUGGAUAAUGUAUCAUAUGAUUUCAUCAAAGGUGCAACUGUUGAUUAUGUUGAGGAGCUGAUUCGCUCUGCUUUUCAGGUGUCUACCAAUCCUAGUGCAGUGGGUGGAUGCAGUUGUAAAAGUUCAUUUAUGGUGAAGCAGUAAAAUGGCACAUUCAGCCAAAUAAUCGCCAUUCCAAUGAGCAGGACAUGGUUUAUUAAUCCUUCUGGUGUCUAAUAUCUGUUCAUCAUAUACUUGUGGUAGCAAGACCUGCAUUAUGAGGCAUUUUUCCGAAUUUGUACUCAAGAGAUCAUAGGUUCUUUUGUACAUGUCAAUUCUUUUGUCUUGUUGGAGCUAGUUGGAGGGUAGAAUGGUAUUGUUAAACUAGGCAGCGCAAUAAUUCCAGCUGAAGAGAUGCUAUUCAGCAUUUGACAAGGAAAAUUGAAGUGAAGAUGCUUCAAUCAGAACACAUCUUACUGGUGGCAUUCCCUGUAGGCUGUAGCUAUUGUUAUGAAGGUCCUGAGAGCAUGCAUACUAGAUAGUGUCGCCAUCCACUAUGGUAGAAAAGUUUGAUGAAGCAAAGCUUUAUGUUUCUGUAUGAUGCUUGACCACUUUAUGUUUCUGUAUGAUGCUUCAAAUCUAUGUUCAUGUUGAUGGAACCUAUGUUGCGCGGACUUUCCAACAUGUAGCCGCACCCGUGUCGGAUCCUUCAAAAAUGCAUUACUUUUGGAGGAUCUGACACGUAUCCGGCCACAUUUUCGGAGAGUCCGAGCAACAUAGGAUGGAACAAUGCUCAGGUGAUGGUCUAAAAGUGGUACCAAAGAUUGGGUGAAAUGCCAAUAUGAAGGAGCUACUCACACCAAAGCUAGUAAUUGUUGUCAAAAAUGUUACAUUUCAUACCACUAUUGUCUGUCGAUACUGUCUGUCUUAAGUUUUUCUACUUAACGCUUCAAUUAUCAUAAAUGAGCACCCACUUAGUCUUUCUCU